AAAAGUUAUAGUCAUCACAUCCAAACACCAUGGUCAUUUUCGUCCAAGUACAAAAGAAUUGGAAUUUACACAAAAGCAAGCAAAGAGGUUUCUUUAGCGUGAGAACGAAGUCAACCAGGAAGACGUUGUUAAUAGAGUGUUGUACUUCAAAAGUUGGUAGUAGUGGUAGUGGGUCUUUCUUUUCUUUCUCUUCAAACUAGUAAAAACUUUUUAAUUUUUGGUUGAGAAAUUUGUAAAACUACUUGAGCUUUGAGUUUCUGGGAAAUAAUUAAUUAUUAGAUUAAGAUUAAAAUUAAAAUUAAUGUUGAUCUCGAGAAGAAGAAGGGUGAUGAGCUGGAGGAGAGUAGGGAAGUCUGUUCAAGCGUUAGUGGCACAUGCUUUGCUCUUCUCUUUCACUCUCUUGCUCUCUCUUAAGCUUCAGCGUGCCCUGCCUUAUUCUUGGUGGACUGUAUUUGCCCCUCUGUGGCUCUUUCAUGCUGUUGUAGCACGAGGCAGGUUUUCCUUGCCUGCUCCUUCGCUGCCUCAUGAUCGCCGUUGGGCACCUUGUCAUGCCAUCAUGGCAACACCAUUGCUUGUUGCUUUUGAACUUCUGCUUUGUAUGCAUCUUGAGAGCAGCAGUUAUGUUGUAAACUUGAAGAUUGUCUUUCUGCCCCUGUUGACAUUUGAAAUAGCAAUUCUGAUUGAUAAUAUCAGGAUGUGUAGGGCUUUAAUGCCUGGAGAUGAAGAAAGCAUGAGUGAUGAAGCCAUAUGGGAGACCCUUCCUCACUUCUGGGUUGCAAUUUCUAUGGUCUUCUUUAUUGCCGCAACAACAUUCACUCUUCUAAAGAUAUGUGGUGACGUAGCUGCUCUAGGCUGGUGGGACUUAUUUAUAAACUUUGGUAUAGCAGAGUGCUUUGCCUUUCUUGUUUGCACAAAGUGGUAUAAUCCAGCUAUUCAUAGGCAGUCUCAGAUUAGAGAAUCUUGUUCAUCUUCAAUGACUUUUAGAUAUGUUGACUGGAAUAGAGGCUUAGUGGUUUCUUCAGAUGAAGACCAGCACCAAAGGGGGAUGUGCAACCUGCAGGACAUUGGUGGACAUGUAAUGAAAGUUCCUUUUAUUGGUUUCCAGAUCCUACUUUUUAUGCGCUUAGAGGGAACACCAUCUGGUGCUAGGCAUAUGUCAUUUCCAGUCCUUUUUGCUCCUCUUUUUUUGUUGCAAGGAGCUGGGGUCUUAUUUGCUGCAUAUAGAUUGGUGGAGAAAAUUGUUCUUCUACUGCAUAGUGAAGUUGGCUCUGGGACAUAUAUUGCUCUAGCAUCAAAAGCUUUUGAUUUUUUUGGGUUUUUGCAUCGUGGAUCAAGGUUGCUAGGUUGGUGGUCAAUUGAUGAAGGAAGUCGAGAGGAACAGGCUAGACUUUAUAGUGCUGGGGAUUCUGGGUAUAACACUUUUGCACCUGAUAUUGUGAAGAAAAUGCCUAAAUCAGAUCUUGUUGAGGAGAUCUGGAGAUUACAAGCUGCACUUAGUGAGCAAACAGAGAUUACAAAGUUCAGCCAGCAGGAGUAUGAAAGGCUUCAAAAUGAAAAGAUCCUAUGUAGAGUAUGCUUUGAAGAACAGAUUGAUGUAGUCCUUCUCCCAUGCAGGCAUCACAUCCUUUGCAGUACUUGCUGUGAGAAGUGUAAAAAGUGCCCUAUCUGCCGUGUCUCAAUACAAAAGCGAUUGCCUGUGUAUGAUGUGUAGUUUCAAGUUUCAACUCAGACAAAAACAAGGCCAGGAGUAGGGCUUCCUCCAAAACCCUUAAAUUUUGUUGCUUGUGAUUUUUAAUUAAGCAAGCACUGAGAAGCUGGCAAAUGUGAUUAUUUUUGUCAUUUCUUGCGAGUGUAAUAUAUAAUGUCAAGAACUAUAUAUAUAUACACACACACACACACACACACACACACACACACAGAGGUUUGUAGUGCACAAUAUAUGAAUGCACUGCUGUUGUGGAAGUCUUGACAAUAUUAUUUUGUUACAAAACUACGCUAUUUUCUUUGCUUUCUUUUUUUUGGACGGAAAAACAAGAUCCAUAAAACUGAAAUGGAUACUAAUCAUACUAUAUCAUAGGUUUGUUCAUAUUAAAAGGGAAUAAAUAAAUAACACAAUUUUGGGCUA